CGCCAUGGAGACGCGUCGGCCCCGCAGCCGGGCGUUGGGGAGCCAAAGCCAUGGACGCCGAGAGCCUGCUGCUGUCGCUGGAGCUGGCGGCCGGCAGCGGGCAGGGCCUCAGCCCCGACCGGCGCGCCGCGCUGCUCACCUCGCUGCUGCUUGUGAAGCGCGACUACCGCUACGACCGCGUUCUCUUCUGGGGCCGCAUCCUCGGGAUUGUGGCCGACUACUACAUCGCGCAGGGCCUGGUUGAGGACCAGCUGGCGCCGCGCAAGACGCUCUACAGCCUGAACUGCAUGGAGUGGAGCCUCCUACCCCCUGCCACCGAGGAGAUGGCUGCACAGGUGGCUGUGGUGAAGGGCCGCUUCAUGGGCGACCCCUCGCAUGAGUACGAGCACACCGAGUUCCAGAAGACGACAGCCGAGGGCGAGAAGACCUUCGAGGAGGAUGUGGUGGUCCACAUCAAGGAAGAGACCCGCCUGGUGUCUGUCAUCGACCAGAUUGACAAGGCCGUGGCCAUCAUCCCCCGAGGCGCGCUCUUCAAGACCCCCUUUGGACCUGUCAAUGUCAACCGGACUUUUGAGGGAUUGCCCUUGUCGGAGGCCAGAAAGCUCAGUUCCUACUUCCACUUCCGGGAGCCUGUGGGCCUGAAGAAUAAGACCCUACUGGAGAAAGCAGACUUGGACCCCUCCCUGGAUUUCCUGGACUCCUUGGAGUACGACAUCCCCAAAGGGUCCUGGAGCAUCCAGAUGGAGCGGGGCAACUCGCUGGUGGUGCUGCGCAGCCUGCUGUGGCCGGGCCUCACCUUCUUCCACAGCCCGCGCACCAGGAACCACGGCUACAUCUAUGUGGGCACCGGCGAGAAGAACAUGGACUUGCCCUUCAUGCUGUAGGAUGGGCCACUCGGGUGUUCUCCGCGUAGCCUAAACAGUAUUUUCCUAAGUUUCUGUGAA